AUGUCGCGCUUCUGGUCCCUCUUCCACGUCGGAACCCCCUUCGAUCCCUACCACCGCUUCGAGACGUCCGCGACGUUCUCGCCCUAUGUUCUCGGCUCUCUCCGCGCGCUCAUCGCGCUCUACGGCGUCUUAACCAUAAUCGUUUCCAUGUCCAUACGCUCCGACCCCUCCCCCGCCCAAUCCUUCUCCUACUUCAGCAACAUAACCUGGUGGGGCAUAACCUUCUACCACAUCUUCGCGUCCUUCCACACCCUCUCCUACGCCCGCACCGGCCGCGCGCCGCUCGAUUCCUGGCCACGCACACUGCAGCUCCUGCACUCGCUGCUGUUCUCGACGGUCGUCACGUACCCGCUCAUGGUCACGGUCGUGUUCUGGGGGCUGCAGUUCGGGCCGGACAAGUUCGACACGGCGGUGAACACAUGGUCGAAUAUAUCGCAUCACGCGCUGAACACCGCCUUCGCGCUAUUCGAGAUCACGUUCUCCCGCACCGAACGCCCGCCGUUGAUACACGUUAUUCCCAUAGCCCUGAUGCUCGGCGGCUACGCCUGCAUAGCAUACAUAACCCACGCGACCGAGGGCUUCUACACCUACGGCUUCCUCGACCCGACCAAGCACACGCACGGCGUCCUGGCGGGCAUCAUCGUAGGCAUGGGUGCGCUCGGCGUGGCGAUGUUUGUGGUGAGCUGGUGCGCGAUCUGGGCGAGGCUGUGGGUUGUGGAGGUGAGGAUGGGGUUGGCGGGGAGGUUCUCGGAGAGGGAUAUGAGGAGGAUUGGGGUUGAGAGUGGUGAGAGUGCUGGAGGAUUUGUGGAGAAGGAGGAAGGGAGGGAGGAGAGGAUCGAGAUGGUUGAUAAGGGUGAUGUGCAGACGAGAGUUGAUAUGGUUUGA